CACCAGAAGAUGGACGACACAACAAAGGAGCUGGCAGAGACACUAGAGAAGAGAAUACAUAUAGAAGAGGAGCAAUGUGACUGUGUUGACGAUGAUGAAGAUGAUGUGGUGGAAGACGAAGGUGAAGAGUCAAUGGAGUGUGAUGUCAACUCUACUACAUCAUCAACAUCAGAUACAUCAACAACACAGACAACAAAGACAACAAAGACAAUUAGAGUUAGAGCAGAGGUCAUUUGCAAGAAGUGCAAUAGAUGUAAACUGGUACCAUUGAAGAUACCGUUUUAUGGACCUUACACAGUGCGUGGCUUGAAGAAGGGAGUGCGCUACGAGUACUGCACAUGUGGACUGAGCAAGAAUCAACCAUUCUGUGACAAAGCACAUGUUGGCACGCCUUUCCGACCGAUACCAUUCACACUGCCACACGACCAAUCAAUGUGGCUACUAUGCGGCUGUCGCUACUCAAAGAACAUACCAUACUGCGAUGCCGAGCAUACACGACUACCAUUUAAUCCUCAAGAUCCUCCAUGUGCCUGUGACAAAGCCAAGGAACUCACCGAC